AUGGAAAAACAGAAGCUUUUGAAUAUUUUAGAAAGAGAAUUAAAAGAAUAUGGAGAUGAUGAAAUGCUAUUAUGUUUUCAUAAAUUUUAUAAAUCUAUUGAUGGAAAUGAAAUUAACGUUGCAAAAAAGGUGUUCAGUGAAUUGAUUCAGCAAAUGAAAAAAUUCUUUAUAAUUUACGAUAAAAGAAAUAGAAAUGAUUUAAUUGAAAAAAUAAAGAAUUUACUCAAAGAGGAAAGUAAUGAAGUUAAUAUAAUAGAUAUAGAGAAGGAAAAUAACGCAAAUGAUAACAUAGUUGAUGAAGAUAUAAAUAAUCUUAAUGAAAAGGGAAAUAAAAAUAUUAGAUUUAAUAAACAAAAGGAAUAUAAUAAUUUUAAAAAUCAUUAUUCUUUUUUAUGUACUGAUAUAUUUAAUGAUAUUAAUUUAAAAGAUUUAGAAAAAAAAUUAUAUGAUUUGGAUAUAUUUCAUUUAUAUAAUUCAAAUAUUAAAACUAUAUUAGAAGAAAAUACACUUGAUGAGAAAUGUUUUUAUGAAACAUUUCAAUACUUUCUAAAUUUAUUAAGUCUCUUAUAUUUUUUUAAAAAUGUAUACUUUGAUUUAAGUUAUAAAACAAAUGAAAAUUCAUAUUCAUUUCUUUUUAAAGGUUUUGAAGAAAGGAAAAGUAAGGUAAUAAACUAUUUUUUUUUUUUUAAAAAAUUAAAAAUAAAUAAAUUAAUGGACAAUGAAAUCAUAAAAAUAUAUUGUAAUUUUUUUCAAUAUAUUUACAUAAAUGAGUAUUUAAUUAGAAACAUAUUUGAUAUAACAACGAAUUCAUUUAUUUAUACAUCUGUUAAAAAUUUUCAAUCUAAAUAUAAGAUAGAUUGUAUUAAUGAAAAUAGUAAGGAAUGUUUAGAAAAAAAAAAAGAUUCUGAGAAAAUAUUAUGUGGUGACACUAGCCUUAAUAAUAUAACUAUAAAGAAUUCUAAUAGUGAUAAUCAUAAUUGUAAUAAUAAUAAAUUAAAUAAUAAGUCGUUGGAAUGUAAGGAUAAUAAUGAUAUUAAAAAUCAAGAUAAAAAUAAAGAAAUAGGAGAACAAGCAAAUAAGGAACAUAAAGGAAAUUAUUUGAAUGAUGCUUGCUUGUUAAAAAAAACAAACCAAGAAGAUUUUUUGAAUAAAGAAUUAAAUAAUUUUUUUAUUUCUAAUAAUCCUAAUAAAGUAAACAAAAAUUCUUUUAUAGAAAUAAUAUAUGAAAAUGAAAAUUAUAAAAAUAUUUAUUCAGGUGAAAUAAUUAAUUCUUUAUUUUACUUUUUUAAUAAUCCUUAUUUAAUUUUUUCUUUUCAUAAAAAUGUGUUAUUUUAUAUUGAAAAAAAAUGCAAAGAUAAAAGCUUUUUUCAAUCUAAUAAAAAUGCUCAAGCUUUAAUUGACUAUUUGAAUCAUUGUGUAAUUACUAUCUCUAGAGUGCUUUACAUAUUUAUAAGUGCAGGAUUAUUUUUUAAUAAAAAUAUUAUGAAGUUAGAAGCAAAUAAGUAUUUAAAUUUUUAUAAAUUAUUAAAUUUUUAUAACUUUCCAUAUAAUGAAGAUUACGAGGAUAUUAAUAUAUCUGAUCGAAAUCCUGACAAAGAUGAAAAUAAGAAAAAUUCAUUAAAUGUUAAAAGUUCAUCUUUUUACGAUGGAAAUGCUGAAAAUUCCUAUGGUGGUAAUUCCUAUAGAAGAGAUUUGAAUUAUAAGAAUAAAAUAAAUCGUAAUAACUUAAAAGAUACUGAUUUUUACGAUCUUGACAUUAUAAAAUAUUUAAUGAAGUAUAAAAAUACUGUUAGUAAUUUAGGCCAGGGAGAGUUUAGUAAAACGGAUUAUAGUCAAAGUGAAUGUGAAAGUAACGAUUUUUUAUCAGAUGAAAGUUAUGUAAUAGAUGAAUCUAAAAAUGAUGAAAACAAAAAUAUACUAAAGGAUAACAAUAGAAGAAAUGAAAAUGAAUAUGAAAAUGAAUAUUAUGAAAGCGAAAAUGAAGAAAAUAGUAGCAUAAAAAGUGAUGAUAAUAACAAAAUAUCUAAAAAAACAAAAAAAAUCUUUCAUAGAUUAUCAGAUGAAUAUAAUAUAAAUCAUGAUGUUUAUCAGAAGACAUGUACUAACAAAAGUAUUUUCAAUGAUAUACUAGAAAAAGCUAAAACAAAAAAAUGUUUUUAUGAUUUUAUAAGUAAAGCAAACAAGUUGAAAAACUCUUUUGAUAUCAAUAAUGUAAAUAAAAAUAAAUAUAUAGAUUUAAAUUACAUAGAAAAUAUAGAUACUAUUUCUUAUUUCAUAAGUAUAUAUAAUUCAGAUAAUAUAUUUCAGUUUGAUUAUUUCUUUUUAAAAUUUAUAGCAGAAAUAACAUCAACUUAUAAUAAUUAUAUUAAAUCUUAUUUAAUUAACUCAAAUAAUAUAAAAUAUAAAAAGGAAGAACUUGAUGCGAUAAUGAAAAAAAUGAAUAACUUCCUAAGUGAAAUCACAAAAUUGAUUUACAUAUAUACUUGGUGUAUAUUAUAUAUAUUUGGGCAUUCCUAUUCUUAUGUUAAAUACGCAAAAUAUUUUUAUCAAAAAAAAUCCUUUUUUGUAUUAGAAAAUAAGGAUCAGUUUUUUUUUAAUAAUUUUAAUUAUUUUACACAAGAAGCAAGUAAUAGUAGCGAUUUGUAUAUUAAAAGUUUUUAUACACCAUCUAAUAUUGUUGAAAACUUAAAGUAUAAUUAUGAAUUAAAAAAGAAUAUAGAAGAAUUUGAAGAUUUUAAUUUUAAUAACUUACUGCAUAUAUAUAAGAAAUCAUAUUUUCAAAAUAUAGUAGAUAAAUUACAUUUAAAUUUAAAGUUCGUAGAAAAUAUAUUAUUUACAAUGAACACAGUUUUCAAGAAUAAAAUAAGUAAAAAAAAAAGUUUCAUAGAAUAUUUGUGUAUAAAAGAUCAGAAAUUAGAAGAUAUUUACAACUCAAUUGAAAAUUUAAAAAGAAACAUAAAUAAAUAUAAGAAGACUUUUCAUUACUGCUUAAAUUUUAAUAACAUAAAAAAUGUUAUAAUUUUAACAUUAGAAGAAAUGAAUAUGAGUUCUGAUAAAUUAGAAUUAAAUAAAUUGCUAAAUGAAUACUUGACUAAAUUAGAAAACAAAGGUCAAUUGAAAAAAAAGCAAAAAAAAAUAAAUGUAAAAAUAAUUGAUAAUAAUAUUAUACUUGAUGCUAACAAAAGAAAGAAAAAAGAAAGAAGGAACAAUUUAGAUGCUUAUAAAAAUUACAUGUAUACUUUUAUGCAAAUGAAAAAAAUUUCAAAUAAUUUAAUUAAAAAGAAAAAAAAAAGAACUAUUGAUAAAAAUAAUAGCGACUCAAGUUCUGAGUGUGGAAGAAAUAAUAAUAAAAAAAAGCAAAAAAAUUUAAAAAAAAAUAUAUCACUUGAUAAUAACUUAUUAAAAAGAAACCAAACUAGACUGAGGAAAAUAACCUUUUUUACAGAUAAUGACUGUUAUGAUAAAGAAGAGGUAAAUGAAAAUUAUUCUGAAAAUAAUAACAAUUGUAAAUCUAUCAAUGAUAUAAGCAGUCAUUAUGUUAAAUGUGAAGAAAGUUCUAACAAGGAUACAUUAGAAAAUCAGAGUAAUUAUUACGAUAGUAGUGAUGAUUAUAAUAAUAAUAAUAAUAAUAAUAAUAGCAAUAAUAUAUGUGAUAAAUUUCAUUUCCAUGAUGUUGAUAAUAGAUGUAUGUUGUAUAAAAACAAAAAUAAAAUUAAUGAAGAUGAUAAAAGUGAUAUGCUUUUAAAUUGUGAAUACAAUACAGAAAGAUUGAUAUUCUUUUUUAAUUUAUUAAAUGGUAAUACUUUAUUCUAUUAUUUAUCAUUACAUUAUUUAGUUAAAAAUGAGCAGCUUAUGGAAAUAUUACACUUUCUUCCUUUAAAAUAUUUGCUUGAUUUGUUAGUUUUAUAUGAUUUAAAAGAUUAUAUAAAAUUUAAAACAAUUAUUAGGGUCUUUAGAAUUAUAUAUGAAUUUCAAGACUUUUCUCCUAUGUUAAAACAAGAAAUAUUUUUUAAUAAAAAUAAUUAUUGUUUAGAAAAUUCUGAUUUUAUGAAUUAUGAAUUUUCAUGUAAAUUUUUAACUAUUAACAAAAAAUAUAAGGAUAGAAAAAAUAAGAUGAAAAAAGAUAAUAAUGAUGAUAAUAAUAAAAAUAUUUUUUUAUCACUUAGCAAAUCAGCAACAAAUUAUCAAGAGAAAGAAAAAGAAAAAGAAAAAAAAUUGGAUGUUUUUGACAAAAAUAUAAUGAAUGAAAAAAAUAUGUUUUAUGAAAAUAAAAAGGAAGUAAGAAGCAACUUAUUGCAUAUUUUAAAAAAUACAUUUUCUAUUUUUAAUUUCUCUAAGACAUUAAAAAGCUAUCCUCUUCUCUUAAAAGAUGUGCUAAGUAAAACAUUAAUGAAAAAAAUGGGAAAAUGUAUUUCUUUAGAAGAUGAUAUUCAUAAUAAGGAAUGUGAUAAUAUAAAAAAUUAUUCUUUUAAUUUUAUAUAUAAUAAUAUACAAAAUUUAUCUGUUGACUGUCACUCAUCAUCUUACAAUCAUAAAAUAAACACUAAUGAACUUUAUAAUAUUAGCAUUCAUAAUUUUAUUUUAUAUCAUAUAUAUGAAUUAGCUAUAAGAACAAAAGAGCUUAUUAUAAAAAGUUCUUGUUUUAAAUUGAUUAAAUACUUACUAACUGAGUAUUAUUAUUAUCCAGAUAUAUUUAAUGAAAAAUGUCAUGAAUUAAUUAAUUCAAAUAUAAGAUUAAAUGAUUUUUAUAUUAAAAAUGUCAUAUUAGAUUUUGUUUCUUUUAAUAUCAUGAUUUGCCAUCUUCAAAAAGAAUUAACGUCAAAUUUAAAUGUUUUAAAUAAUUUAGAUUUAUUUAAUUAUUCAUUAAGAUCAAUAGCAAAUUAUUUAAUUGGAUAUAAAAACAAUUCUUUUUUUUUUCUAAUAGAUAAAAAAAAGGUAAAAACAUUAUUAAUAAAAUUAACUUUUAUGAUUCCAUUUAUUUAUAAAUUAAAAAUACCAGCUUGUGUUAUAAGGUUGUACAUUCGCGUGAUUAAAUCAUUAGAUAAAGAAAUAUUAGACAUGAUAAAUAAUUUAAACAAAGUAGAGCUUAUAAAUGACAGUUUAUUUUAUAUUAUUAUAAGCCAUUUUAUUUAUUUUUUUUUAAAUUUGAACAUUGAAUUAGACGAAGAGGCCUCUAAUUUACUAUCAUGCAAUUUUAAAAGUAGUUUUUCUCACAGUUUAAGCAAAAAAAAUAAUUUUAUUAAAAUCACGAGUAAUCAUACUGAAGGAAAAGAGGAAUUAUCCUAUGAAAAUAAUACAUUGCAUGAAAUUAAAAGGGAAGAACAAAGCAAUUAUUUACGUGUUGAUAAUGAAUAUCAUAUAGAUAACGAAAACUACUCCAGUAGCAGUAGUGAUAAUUUGGAUAAUAGCAAUGACAAUAACAAUAAUGAUUCAGAAUGCUACGAAGAUAAAAGUUACGAAGGUACAGGUGAUUCAAAGGACGAUAAUGAAUCAAAUAUAAAUAAGGAAAGUGAAAGUACUAUUAUCAAUCCUAUAUGUAACAAAAUAUCUGAAGUUCUACAUUUAAGAAAAAUAAUAAAUGAGAAAAAUUCUUUUAAUUUAGAAAACAAUUAUUUUAUAAAUUAUUCAUUAUAUAUAUUUCAUAAAGAACAUUAUUCAAUAUAUGUAUUUUUUUCUACUUUCUUUAAAAAUGUUUUAAAAGAAUAUAAUGAAAUAAGCAAAAGUUAA